CUGUCUCGCUUCGUGAUAGCAUGUCGCGUGUCUCAGGAUGAAAUCCGUGAUAUCGCAUGCGCGCAUACACGACGUCUCUGCAAUCUGUGCAGAAUCCAAUGAUAUCUCAAGCAAUGCCCUGGACCGAUGGCGCAAUCAUCGCGAACACACCGCCGCCCCGAACUCGCAGCCAGCGCACCAUCAUCUUGACACAACUACCAUUCCACACAUCCGGCACCAGGAUCACUGCUUUUACUUGAUAUGAGACGCUGAAGUUCGAUUACACAAUAACAGAUACCCAACAUGUGUAGGUUCAUGGUCUACAAAGGCAAGGAUGAGAUCCUCCUCUCUGAGCUCAUCCUAAACCCUUCACACUCUAUCCUGACACAAUCCUUCGACUCGCGCCUCCGCCUAGACAGACGGCGCCCACACAACGGCGACGGUUUCGGCAUAGGCUACUACACCUGCCCGUCGCUCGGUCCCACGCCCUGCGUCUUCACCUCCACGAUCCCAGCAUGGAACUGCAUAAACCUCUCGCGCAUCGCGUCAAAAACCACGUCGAGCCUCAUCUUCGCCCACGUCCGUGCUACAACCGAGGGGAACCUCAGCGACAGCAACUGCCACCCUUUCAGCUACAAAAGCCUCAUGUUCAUGCACAACGGCGGUAUUGGGUGCUGGAAACAGAUCAAGCGUAGACUGGCUAUGAGUCUGGACGAGAAGUGGUUCAACGUCGUAGGCGGGAGUACCGAUAGCGAGUGGGCGUUCGCUACCUUUCUCGACUGUCUCGAUAAAGCUGGCAUCUCACCUGAUAAAGAUGUUGAACCAGGUGUAGGCUUUGGACACACGGUGCUGCGCAAAGCGAUACUGAAGACAAUUGAGCGGCUCAACGGCUUCAUCAAAGACGUCGUGGGCGAACAAGGUGUUGGUGAGGAGGAUAGCAGGAGUUUGCUCAACUUCGCUGUUACCGAUGGUGUUAGCGUGGUGUGCUCGCGGUACGUGAGUAGCAAGACAGAUGAAGCAGCUAGUCUGUUCUUCAGCAGUGGAACGAGUUGGCGCGAACUCAACGCUCAAUCUCAGGACUCCGAUGCUGGUGUAUCUGUCGACGAUGAGGAGAGAGAAAGAGACUACGUUAUGGAACGUAGGGACAAGGGGAGCGAUAUCGUACUUGUGGCUAGUGAGCCGUUGACGUUUGAGAGGGAUAACUGGGUCACGGUCCCGACAAAUAGUACGCUUACUAUCUCGAAGCAGACGGUCAUGAUUCAUCCUAUCGUCGAUGAGUUUUACAGCCCCAACCCCGCGCACGAGCGGAGCGCGAACUUCGCGCAGGCGAAAGGGCAGACGGUCACGGGCAGUGAUAAGAGGGUUCUAGGUGGUGUCGGGGACGCGGCUUAAUGAAGACCUUGGAGAGUCGAAAAUAUUGUAUUGGGUUGGCCGUAGCCUUGGGAAUCUACUUGACGGCCAUAAUCUAGUCCAAACAAGUCAUCAUGUAAUGGAUGCGUCGCAUCUGU